AUGAAUUCGCUUCUGACCUGUCGAAAGAGGGUACGCCCAGUUGCUUUAGAUGAGCUAUCAUCGGCUGAAGACCGUUUUCAAGGCGUCCUUGUCCGUCACACAGAUCCAGGAGGGCUCACUUGGGAGCAAUAUGAACAAGGGAUCAAGGUCUGGUGCGCAGAGCACGAUGUUAAUCCUGUUACACCGCCUCCAGGCAACGAGAACGUACUCGAGAUUGCGCAUUUCAACGACAUAUACCAGGCGGCUGUGAUGAACGCGCUGAACGUUGAGAUUAGCGUUGCAGGUAAGGAAACCACGAGUUUGAUUUUGGCUACCGUCGAUUGGCGGAGCUUAUCUCUGAUACAAACUUGCCCUGGCUUCCUAGUAACAUCAUUGACAACAGACACCGGCGCCGUUCCCGAGCCUCUGACGGCCUUCCACGUGAUCGAAAGGGCUGGAGUCCAUAUAGGUUUCAUCGGCUUGGUAGAGAAGGAAUGGAUCGCGACUAUUACUGGCUGGCCAGACACUUUUGAAUGGAAGGAUAUGGCUGAAGUGGGCAAGAAUCUCUCCAAAGUCCUUCGAGAGUCUCCCCACAAUUGCGAUUUGGUCUUUGCUUUGACGCAUUCGAGAAUUCCGAACGAUAUCAAACUUGCUGAGGAACUUCACGCCCUCGCUCCUCGGGCGCAAGACGGAUCCAACAUUGCUUCUGAGCACGGUGUCGAUCUGUUACUCGGAGGGCACGACCAUAUCUACUGGAUUUUCAAAGGUCUCGGAUCGUGGGAUGGCUACAAUGUCAACCUAUCACUCCCAGAUGCAUCGAAUGACAUCGGAAACGCGCUAAUCGUGAAGAGCGGUACUGACUUCCAAGAGCUCAGUGAAGUUACUCUUACACUAAAGGAUACACCCCCGGGAUCCGUCAGGAAGAAGCUUAUCGAGUCCAUCAGUGGCAUCCGACACCUCACUACCGGCGACUUGGCCGUUGAACCGAGAUCGUAA